AUGGCAAACGGGAGCAGGAGAGAAGAAAGCAGAAAAGUGGAAGAAAGAGAGGGGAUACCGCUUCUCACCCCAUACAAGAUGGGAAAUUUUAAUCUGUCCUACAGGAUAGUGUUGGCACCGUUAACACGAUGCAGGUCUUACAAUUUCGUCCCUCAGCCUCAUGCUGUUCUAUAUUAUUCUCAGAGAACAACUAAGGGCGGCUUCUUGAUUGGGGAGGCCUCCGGGGUGUCUCAAACGGCACAGGGAGAACAGGUGGAAGCUUGGAAACCUAUUGUUAGCGCUGUUCAUGAAAAGGGUGGUAUUUUCUUUUGUCAACUUUGGCACGCUGGUAGAGUCUCCAAUUAUGAAUACCAACCAGAUGGCGAAGCCCCAAUAUCAAGCACAGAGAAGCGGCUUCGUAAGGAUAUCGCCAACAGUAAAGCAACAGCUGAUAGAUACUCAACUCCUCGCCGGGUGAGAGCCGAUGAAAUCCCCAGGCUAGUCAAUCACUUCGUAAUUGCUGCCAAAAAUGCGAUGGAAGCGGGUUUUGAUGGAGUGGAGAUCCACGGAGGGAACGGGUACUUACUGGAUCAGUUCCUGAAGGACGAGGUGAACGACAGAGAUGACGAAUACGGAGGUAGCUUAGAAAAUCGUUGCCGUUUCCCACUGGAAGUGGUGAAGGCAGUGGCUAAUGAGAUCGGAGCUGACAAGGUUGGGAUUAGGCUCUCCCCUUUCGCCGAUUACAACGAUUGCGUAGACUCUGACCCUCAGGCAUUGGGCAUUUACAUGGCUCACUCAUUGAAUGAAUUGGGCAUUCUGUAUAUUCACCUCAUUGAGCCAAGGAUGGUAACACAAUUCCAAAAGUUUGACACCAAAUGGUCCCUAAGGCCAAUUAGGAGGGCCUUCAAGGGGACUUUUAUUGUCGCUGGUGGUUACGAUAGGACUGACGGGAAUGAGGCUAUAUCCACCGCUGCCGCCGAUUUGGUCGCUUAUGGCCGCCUCUUUUUGGCCAAUCCUGAUCUCCCCACAAGAUUUGAGCUCGAUGCUCACUUAAACGAACCCGAUCCCGCCACCUUUUAUACGCAUCACCCUGUGCUUGGAUACACGGAUUACCCUUUUCUUCAUCACCACAUAUAA